GUAUGAGUAUCAUCUCUUAAGACUGGUUUGAUGGGGCUUCGAUGAAUCCAGUCUGCCAUUAUUCAUAAUAGAUGGAAAUCUACUAGCUCGUAUCUUAGUAUAUGAACAUAAUACUUAUCCUUAAUUUCCCUAGGAUAUGAAGAAAAAGCAGAUUAUUCCCAAGAUUGGUGUUUUCGGGUUAAAUUGAGGCGCCACUGCUUUUGCAAAGCCAUAGGAAGCCCUGUUCUAUUCUGACUUAGUCUAUGGCUUUAACUUUAUGGCUGAGGAAGAUCCAGUUCUAUUAUGUUACAUGGUAAUAUCUUUCAAACUUGGCUGUACUACUUCAACAAGAUUCAAUCCUUGUGCAUUAUGGAACAGGUCAGCGGGUUGAUAGGCCCAUCAGUAAAGUUCCAUCAGAAUUAGCUCCAGUCCUUGUGGCCUGAGCAUUGGAUUGACGAAACAUGAAUCUCGUUGUAGACCGUCCUCGGCUCUGAUGGAUCCCAGAACCAGAAGCUGAGGACCCAGGUAGCACCGCUCCCUGUAUCUCUUGCCCCACGGUCUGGACCCAGCCAAGGUCAGGUACAGGUAUAAAUGUGAAUGCACUGUCAUGAACUUGGAGAAGGCUUCAAGGAUGAGAGCUAUGGAUCCUGAUUCUGGACCUGAAGUCACUAAGCGACAAAUGAUCUUGAAUGAAUAAUUGUUGAACUCACAAACUUGAACAAAAAUAAAAUAGUUCAUACUAGCAGCCCAAGUGAAAUGGGUUGUAACGGGUGGCUUUGCCUCCCUGUUUAAUUUGAUGUCCGUUUGUAGGAAAUUGUCUGGUAGCUCCCUUUAUUCUCUGAUACUGAAAAGUGGGCCAUUACGAAGACUUCUUGACUUCCAAGUCUCCGCGGUCUACUUGCACCGUCUUUCAGUUCUUCAUUAGGGUCUGUGGAAAAUGUGAGAACAAGAAAAUCAGUCCCAUCAUGACAGUGCUGUUCUUCAGCAUAAUUUCCAUAAAUAUUGAAUACAAUACACAUCACCCUUCUGUAUCAGAUGCAUUCGUAAAUCAUAAUGGCAAAUCCAUCUCUUGUUGUACCCAAACUCUCUAAUUUUUCAUAUCUUGUUGUGGCCCUCAUAGGAAUCUGCCAUCUCUGUUGCUCUGUUUCUUGCAGCCAAAUCCGAUGCCUGGAGCAGGAAAGGGCGCUGCUCCUGCUACUGAAGCUAGAAAUCUCCACUGAUAUAAACAAUGAUUUCCCUCUACCUCUACCUCUACCUCCACCAAAACUUUCCUCAUGGAACAACUCUGGCAAUCAUGAAGACUGCUGCUCGUGGGAUGGAGUCACUUGCAGCUCCAUGUCUGGUCAUGUCGUCGGCCUGGACCUCAGCAGCAGCUCAAUCGUGGGCGGGAUCAAUGGCUCCAGCAGCAUCUUCGGUCUUCGGCAUCUCCGGAGCCUUAGUCUGGCUGAGAACCUCCUAUAUGGCUCACCUUUCCCUUCUGGUUUCAGUAACCUGUCAGGCUUGACACAUCUCAACCUUUCCUUCUCAGGCUUUUACGGUCCCAUCCCCCAACCUGAAAUUUCAUGCCUUGGACUGUUGGUCUCUCUCGGUCUUUCUAACCAUGGAUGGUUACUGCCACCAAACCGCAGUUCAAGUGUAGAUUUGGGCAAGCUAGUCAGAAACCUGACACGGCUGAGAGUGCUCCAUCUCGAUGGAAGUGACCUCUUUCCCGGAGGCAGCAGCAGCAAGUCAUGGUCAUCGUCGAUAUCUGAACUUCGUGACCUGAGCCUGGCCAAUUGUAAACUUACUGGAGAAUCGCUGCAAUUUCCAUAUCUUCUGCGUCUGAAAUCCCUUACGCAUUUGAUACUGAGUGGGAAUAAUCUUGCCUGGAAUGUCUCAGGCGAGCUCGGCUUCCUCCAGUUUCCUUCUCUGAUGAAUCUGCAGCUUGGCUAUUGUGGGUUGUAUGGAAGAUUCCCCAGUAGAAUGUUGACGAUGCCAACUCUGCAAAAACUCGAUUUAUCUUUCAACUACCAACUCACAGGUACUUUGCCACACUUCCCAGUGGGCAGCUUGCUACAAUUCAUCGACCUUUCGGGAACUAAGUUUUCUGGGAACCUGCCUCAUUCCAUCAACAAUUUAGUGUCUCUGCAACAUUUCGAUCUCACUGACUGCAACUUUCUUGGAUUAGUACCAUCUUCAAUUGACGCUCUCACUGAACUACGCCAUCUAAGCUUUUACAAUAACAGCUUCAGUGGUGCACUCCCAUCACUGAUUUCAUCUAGCAAGAUUGUGGAACUCGAUUUUUCGACCAAUAACUUCAGUGGUAGCAUUCCUCUGUCUUAUGGGAGUGAUCAGUUUGAAAAUCUCGAGAUGCUACACUUGAUGAAGAACAAUCUACGAGGGAAGAUUCCGUCUGCUUUGUUCAGGAAACCGUCUCUGAAGAGCUUGAGACUGGCCUGGAACCACUUUGAUGGGCAGCUGGAAAAGUUCCACGAUCCCACUGCUCUCCAACUAAUGGAGAUAGACUUGAGUCAUAACGAGCUUCAUGGCCAGCUUCCUGAAUCAAUCUUUAAUAUCAGCACCCUUGUUCACCUGGAACUUGCCUCCAAUAAUUUCAGCGGCAGCAUAAAGAUGACAGAAAGCAUGAACAAUCUUACAACUUUGGAUCUCUCGGACAACCACUUCCAAGUAGAGAUUAGUGGUAGUGGCAACCCUACAACAUUGUUCAAGGUUUCACACCUUGGGCUGGGUUCAUGCGCUAUUGACUCAUUUCCUGAUUUCCUCAGAAACUCCUCGAAUAUGAAUUACCUAGAUCUUUCCAGGAACAAGAUCAAAGGGAAAAUACCAAGCUGGGUUUGGAAAUUAGGGAAUGGGAAUUUGGUUCAUCUCAACCUGUCACACAAUCUGCUCUUUGGUUUCGACAAACCAGGGAAUAUGUUUGAAGGCCAAAUCCCACCGUCCAUCUGCCAGAUGACAUACAUAGAAGUCCUAGAUCUCUCCACCAAUCAUUUCAAUGGCUCCAUUCCGCCAUGCUUGGCUUCACUUGACACCCUUGCUGUGCUGAGGCUAAGAAACAACAAGUUCAGUGGUGUGCUCCCAAAAGGAUUGGCACACAACUGCAGUUUGAGAACUCUUGAUGUGAAUCAGAACCACCUCCAAGGCCAACUUCCAGAAUCUUUGGACUUCUGUAAAUCUCUGGAAGUGAUAGAUGUUGGCAACAACUACUUGAGCGGGAACUUCCCAGCUUGGUUGGAGAAUUUGCCACUGCUACGAAUUCUCAUAUUGCACUCAAAUCACUUUGGUGGCUCCAUUGGCUCCCGAACCCCUAAUGCCUUCCCUGCACUUCAAAUAUUUGAUGCUUCUUCCAAUGAUUUCGUGGGUAAGCUGCCUUCAGGAUGGUUCAGAAGUUGGAAAGGAAUGAUGAAGCAAGCUUCUGCAGCAGGAUCCCAUCAAAUGAGCCCAAUUCUCAGGUUCAAUUACUUAAAGCUCAGUGAAUGGUAUUAUCAAGAUUCAGUGAUUGUAACCAUUAAAGGGGUUGAAAUGGAGCUGGACAAGAUCCUCACCAUCUUCAUCCUGAUAGAUUUAUCUGGCAACAGAUUUGAGGGGGAAAUUCCUGAAACAAUCGCUUCUCUCCAGUCCUUGUACCUGCUCAACCUGUCCAACAACCAUUUCACAGGCCAUAUCCCGGCAGUGUUUGGAGAACUCAGUGAGCUGGGGUCGCUGGACCUUUCAGCCAACCGGCUCUCUGGUGGCAUUCCCUGGCAACUCACUGGGCUCACUUUCCUGUCAGUGCUGAACCUGUCACAGAAUCUGCUCACCGGGGAGAUACCGAGAGGAAACCAGUUUGGUACUUUUGGAGAAGGCUCUUAUCGAGGAAAUCCUGGACUGUGCGGGCCACCAUUACAUGAAUCCUGUUCUGAUGUCAAAUCCUCGUCUCCACACACCAAACCGGCACAAGCUGGAGGAUGGCACAAUGUGAUUGACUGGGAGUACUACAGAGUUGGGAUUGCCUGUGGAGGUGGGACGGGUAUCAUAGUUGGAAUCUUGGCAGCCAACCUCGUGCUUGGGAAUGUCUUUGUCUGGCGGAAACCAAGAAGGAGAGUUCGUCGUAAGGCAAUUCGUGCCCUAUGAAGCGAUCUUUGUCUACGUUUAUUAUCACUCUUUGUGCGGCCACACCAUCCUAUUACUAGGAGCCUUUCAGUUUCAGUGGUCAUAAUUUCAGUGUAAUACUUGGUGGUCCUAGGCUCUGCAUUUAGCAUACAGGACCCUAAGAAGUUUUAAGACAGCAAAAUGCGUUGGAAUAUUAGUGUGGUUUAUAUGUAUUGUUGCAGAAAGAUUGUGCCCAGAAGAUCAAGAGAGAGUCUUACAUUAGUCAUCGGGAUUGCAUUCCCAUGAACACAGACAGCUUAUUCCUCCUUAAUCCUUAUGAAUACCAAUCUACACAAUUCCAGUACUAAUGAGACAGUUUUUCUUUUAGCAAUGUCGUAAUUCAUGUAUGACAUCUCUAGCACGCUGCUGUAUACUUGAACAAGAUUCACGCUUUGGCUGCUUCCUUGGCGAGCAAAUAGUGAAAACCUGUACGAGAUACAGAAACUUUGGUUCUUGAUACAGAAGAACAACCUCUCAUACGCCAAAGCCCAAACCCAUUUUGGUGGCAGAACAUGGAAGCAGCGUGGAUUCACGAACGCAUCAAUCGCGUUGUAGAAAGCCCGUAGCUGUAAUGGGCCCAUGAAGCCCAGAACCAGAACCCGCGGGCUAAGCUCCCUGUAUCUCUGCUCCCACGGCCCAGCCCAAGCCACAAUCAGGUACUUGACUUACAACAUCUCGAUUCGAAGUCAUGAACCUGUAGAAGAAGAACGAUUCGAUAAAGAAAAAAAGGGGAGAAGACUGACUGAGAGGAGGGAAACAAAUCAAGGGAGGCUGUCGUUUUCGAUCGAAGCAGGAGAGGAGAUUCAUCCGCCCGUCGCCACCGCCGGUCACCGCAUCCAUCACCUUCUCUACGCUGCCGGUCGAUCAGCCAUCGCCUGCGGCUUCCGAUCUUUGCCGGUCUUUCCUGGCCGUCGUCCACCUCCCCCGGCCGCUACUGCUGCGGGAUCGUUCGCCGCUGAAGAGGAGCAGAGAGAGAAGAAUCGUCCGCCUCCUGAUCGUUAUCGCCCACUGUUGAGUCUACUUUCACCGCCGCGAUUUUUUUGCUCUCGCCAUCCACCAGAAAGUAAAAGAGGUAAAACACUGAAGAGGUGAUUGGGAGCGAGAGGUCGGGAUCGAAGAGGCUCCUUGCCGGUCAGUUCGUCAACUCUGAACCCGCUGUUAGAGGCCCGUGAAGAGAAAGACGGGAUUUUUCCGAAGAAGAAAACCUAGAGAAAGCAAAUUCUCUUCCUUUGUGAGUCUAUUGCCACUUCUGGCGUCUUCCUAGUUCCUUCAGGUAAAACUAAGCCUAAUUGAUACUGAAAUAUUGUCACGGCGUGAAUGUGUUGAUUGUUUGUUGCUGCCUUGUUUGAUGAACUCACAACCAUAUCAAGAUCAUGACUUAGGAGUUCGUAUUUUUACCAUUAGGUUUAAAGUAGUCUGCGUUUGAUGGCAAUGGUUGUCAGCGAUUGUGAAAUUUGUGUGGGGAACUGGGUUAUUGGCACUAGAUAUUAGUCUCCCAGACCAAUUACUGUGAAUGGAAUGUCUGUCCGUCAGUUCUAGUGAACUGUUUGUCAAUUGAUCACCAUUAUGGGGUUUACUAGGCUAGAUAUGAAGACAGUCUCCUGCUUUCUACAACCAUACUUGAAUUGUUGAAGUCAUUAUGUGAUAGAACAAGUGUGAACUUUUUUGGUUGGAAAAUGAUGUGCUUGUGUAAUCCAUUACCAUUGUGGCUGCCUAUCCAUGAGUCAAGGAGGGAAAUGUUCAAUUGAUAGGUCCAAAUCUCCAUGACUUGUUUUGUUUAGAUGAUGGGAUUGAAGCUUUUGAUCUUUUGUUAGCUAUUUAGCUUUCGACCCUCAAUUAGCCAUAAAAGAUUCGCACUUUC